AUGUCUGCGCUGAUAACCAUUGAAGAACUCCUACGCUAUCAUCGCCAACACGUCGAUGGAGGUGAUGAUGAGUGUUAUGAAUAUAUCCAACUGAAAGGCCGCAAACUUUGGCCAGAGUCAUCAUUGGCCCAACCAGUGGCUCCUGCCACCAUUGAGGCUGAACUGAACCUGAUUGCAUUGGAUGAUCUCGAGCUUGAUUGCGAGACACUUGAUCGAAACAUCGCUGCCAAUCGAGAGUCGUGCCUUCAGGAUCCUCGAGUGCAACAAUUUUUACAGCAGCAACAGAACCAUCGACAGCAGUUUGAAGCUGAGCUCGAGCGAAGAGGGCUUGGGAAGACCUCCAACAAUAACAAUAAUGGCAGCAGUAACAAAAAGAAAGUAAUGCUUAAUUAUUGA